CGGGAAGGAGGUCAGGGGGAGGGAACAGUUUUUGAGUUUCUCCUUUACACAGCUUAGGAAAUCCAACAUGGAGGCCCUGAGUAAAGGCCGCGAUAUAAGCCUCUCUGCUUUGAAGCAAAAUGAUCCUUUUAUCUCAAGUAUCGUUGAUGUGACCAGCCAAGUUGCGUUGUACACUUUUAACCCAAAGGCUAGUGAGUGGGAGAAGACUGAUGUAGAAGGUACUUUGUUUGUAUAUACCAGGUCAGCAUCUCCUUACCAUGGCUUUACAAUCAUGAAUCGACUUAACAUGAAAAAUUUAGUUGAACCCAUCAACAAAGAUCUAGAGUUUCAGCUCCAAGACCCAUUUCUUCUCUAUAGAAAUUCAAACUUGUCCAUUUACAGCAUCUGGUUUUAUGACAAGAAUGACUGUCAACGAAUUGCACAACUCAUGUCAAAAGUAGUACAAAUGGAAGCACAGCGAGCUCAGCAAGAAUCUCCAGGAAGAACCACUCCAAACAAGCCCAGUGGAUAUGAUGAAGAAAAUCCUAUUGAUAUCUUAGACAUGCUUAGCAAAGCCAAGGAAGAGUAUGAACAAACAUGUCAAUUUGGUGACUCAAGUAUUUUAUCAAGUUCUCCAGGCAUACACAACUCUGUAGGCCUAGCAGUGAAAAAGUCAAUAGACGAACCUACCUCCUCUCCAGCCCAGCACCACAACAAGCAUAUUCUUUCAGGUACCAAACAUUUGACAGUAGAGGAGUUAUUUGGAACACCUGUUUCAAAAGAGCACUUAAUGAAUUCUAACCAAGAAAUAUUAUUGGCAACACAGCCAGACACCAAAUUAAGAAGUCAAAACUUAGGUUUGCUAUUCCCUUAUGAACAUGCGACAGAACUUAAGCAGUUGGGAAGCCCCGAGAGUCUGAAUAACAAAAUCAACUUUUCCCGAUCAAAUUACCAAGAAGAUGCUGCACAAGUAUUGAUGACACCGGCUGCUCUCCAAAAAUCUGAUGUAAAAACCAAUCCUUUGUACAAUAUUUCUGCCAGUCCCCUCUUUCAGUCUUCGCUAACUUUUGAAGCUACUUCUAAUCAGAGUGUUGCCACCAUCAACACUAAUGGCCACAGUCAGAAUUUGCAACAAGAAGUCAAAGCAGUAUCACCACUGAUGUGCCCAGCUUCUUCUGAAAUAACAUGCACUAACCAGAACCUGCCUUCAGGAAGUAAUCCAACUCCACAGAACAGCACUGGUGAAAGAAGCACUUCAGAUAUUGGAUCUCAAGGUCAUGAGCUGCUUCAGAAACUCAAACUGACACAACAGCAUGAUCAGCAGCAUCUCGGCAAACCAUCAUUAGCGGCCAAUUUUUCUCCAAUACUUGUUACACCAGAAAGCUUUAAAGAACCAAACGUAAGGACCACAGAAACUUCAUUACAGGUGGUUCUCACACCAACUACCACCUCCUCAGUUGGUCCAUCCAUGCUUUUGUCUCCUGGUAUGUUCAAACAUUCAACCGGAAUGAUUUCAGAAACUGAAAGGAAAUACGGUUCAACUUCCCCUUUAACAUUGGCAUCAGAAUCUCGAUCUUCACCGCUACCAACUGUUCUCAGUAAGACUCAGCUUCAGGAAGCAUUAACUCAUCUAAUAAAGAAUGACUCUGAUUUUCUGAACACAAUCCAUGAAGCCUAUCUACAAAUUCUUCGAAAGAAUGUAGGUAAUAUCAAAUUAUGAAAAACAACUUACUUUGAACUACACGAGUAACAGGUCUUCACAAGUACAAAUAAUGCAAAUUGCUGUACUGAGCAACAUUUAUACUGUGAAAAUACAACUUUACUUCAUGAUACUAAUUGUCUUGACUUCUACAUUCGUAUUUUGUGAGCAUCAGUCUUUGUUUACAUCGAAAAGGUAUUACUCUAUUUUCAGUUUAAAUAUCAUAAGCACUUCUCAAAAUAUUUGGUAAAACAGACGUGUGUGUAUAUAUUAUACAUAUAUACGAUGCCUUAAAAGGUACAAUGAGUUAUUCCUAUUUUUUCUCUAUAAGGAACACGUAAAAUGACGUGGUUUUACAUUGGUACCUUUUUGGAAUUUGUCUUUUGUUUAUCUAUUUGUUUCAGUUGUUCUGUCAUAUUUUAGUCAUAAAACAAGUAUUCUGUGGAAUUCUCAAUUUUUGAAAAUACAACUUGCAGUACACUUUCAAAAGCAAUAGUAGUUUUUAUUGCUUCGAUGCAGAGGAAAGUUUUUUUGGUAGAUUUUCCAAUUAAGUAAAUUUGAAAUGCUUUACAAACUUGUAUUUGAGUGACAGACUCUCCUUUCAAAUAAAUAUGCAAUAUAAGUUAAGUUAGUCUAUUUAUGGACAUCACUAAAUUCCUUUUCAAAUCAUUAAUUAGUUCUUAUUCCACUGACCCUGUAUGCUUACUGUACAUUGCAAAUUCAAUUCAAACUUUUAAAGAAAAGCAGUCAUGAAAUGAAGAGAGUUCAAAACUGACCAUGUUUUAUAAUAAAAUAAACUUGCGCAUGUUUGCAUGUCUAUUACAAUCACUGUAAGCAGGAAAAUCUGAUGACACUUUCUUGGUUAUGGCACAAACCUCUACCCUAUAUUACUAGCUGUAUAUUGAAUUGAUACAAACUGUGGCUGCUUUUACAUCUUUUCAGGCAUGUCAAAAUCAAAAGGGAAUUUCCCAUCUAAGCAAGUAAAAUAUAGGUUUGCCUGAUAUGUAAUAGUCAAUUCAAGCUUAAUACACCAGACUGUUUAAAAUAAUAUAUCUGAAAGUUAUUUGUAGUCACUGAUCCUAAAAAUAGUAAACUGGUAAACUUAUUGUAGUGUCAAUAUACAAGUUCACCUUUUGAAGACUUGGAAAAAUCCCACCAAUGGGGAGUUAACCUGUACAUUGAAUAUAAAAAUAAAAUUGCUACUGUGCGUAGUUGUCAUUUAAAAAGUCAUUUAAAAAGUAUCUGAUAUGCAGAAUGGAUGUAUCUUUAAACUUUGAGGGCGAGAAGAAAGGGGUCGCCUUAAAGACCUGAUUAAACUUGUACUCCAUGAUUUUGAAAAGUGGUAGAAGCAGGAACAGGCCAUUUGGUCACUGAGGUCUGCCCCUGAUAUUUAGCAAUGUUAUUGGCUGAUCGAAUGCAAGCCAUCAGCUCUGAUAUAUUAAAAAUCUACCUCCUUUAUGAUCUAGCUUCCACAACACUCUUAAGUACAGAGUUUUUGGAUAUCAUUCCCCUCUGGGAGAAGAAAAUUCUUUGUAUCUCCAUUUUAAAUUUUGUCCCCUUGUUCUGUAACUCAAGUCCCUAGUUUGACAUUAGUGGAAACAUCUAACUUGUUGUAAGGGUAAAUUUAUCAAAGGUACAAAUCAAAUGUAUAAUCAUUGUAAGAGAGCUGAUGGGAACAGUUUUUCUACUUGAACACUCAAUUUGUGACUGUCAAUUCAUAAUGGUGUCUUUUUGCAUUAUACCAGCAUAUUAUUGUGAACUCCAUUUGAUAGUGAAGCAGAAUCUUCAGCUAGAAGAAUGUAUGUCAGUUGUUCAAUAAACUAAAAACAUUUUAUCAUACUGUUGUCACAUCCUUUAGUAAAUCAAAAUCCAAGGGUUGGAUCGUAUUUCUCAAUGUACCAUGAUUAUAACUUGUUUUUUGAGGAAAAUUUAGGUAGAUAUUAGUUGUGAUGGCUUUAAUUAGUAAAUUGAUAUGGCCUAAUGCAUGUCUGUUUGCAACCAAUUAGCAAAAAUAUCUUUCAAAUUCACAAUUUUGUUUAAACAAUCUGCAUGUUUUUGGGGUUUAACCUUCCCUUUUACUUAAUCUUCUCAAGACUCCUUCCCUCCUUAUCUCUCCUUUUUCCCAGCAACAUUUUUAGAGGGAAAAGCAUGUUGAAAUACUCUAGUUUGUGCUGUCCAGUGAUUGGUCACAAUGGGGACCUUUUUAUACUAUGUAUAAAAUGCUUGUACUCAGCACAUCUCUUCUCUUCCCCUAUACUUCUCCUCCUGCCAAGCUAAGAUAUGGAACAUGACAGCAUUUUGUAAAACAAAACGUCAAUCCAUCAUUUAGCCAUUUCACAACUUACUCGUUGUUUGCUUUGUAUGUGUGGAAUGUAUGCCACGUUUGUGGAUUUUCACUCCUUAUGUACAAUUUUUUUUCAGAAAAUAGCUAUUCUGUGGAACAAUGGGUAUUUUGAUCAAGUUCAUUUUGUAAUUCUGCAAUUAUAUUUUUCUAAUAAAUUUGUUCUUUAAACCUAUGAUAAAAUUGUACUGGUCUGUGAUGUUUUUAAUAAGCAACACAUAGAUUAACUUGUGAAUUCUAAAUUGUCAAGUCUUGUCUAACUUAUUGUUUGUGCAAUAAAGAUGCAUAACUUAUAUGCAUACUCUUGAAUUGGGUUUGUACCACACUUGUCAAGAGGUGUGAAGUCAUUUCCAGGACGGAUAUUGUUGGAAUUGACAAUGAAUGGAGGAAUCACUAUGCAUUUGUUCAUGUAACCAUUAAUUUUGUCUUGAAUUAUUGUUUCUAAAAGUUUCCCCACCAUGAAAUUGAACUGACUGGCCUAUAGUUUCUCAGCUUAUCUUCACAUUCUCCUUCAAAAAAAGUGUGCAACAUUUGCAGUUCUCUAACACCACCAAAUCUAAGAAAGACUGAAAAAUAGUGUUGUCGUCUUUGGUAAAGACCGAUUUAAAGUAAUCAUUCAAUACCUGAGCUAUGCUCUCUACCACCAUGUGUAAACUCUUCUAGUUCCUAAUCAGCUCCCCUCCUUUUAACACACGUUUUCAACUUGUAUACCAAUAUGAUGCUCCUGCUGCUUUUAACAAGGUUAGGUUGUCCUUUUUUUUUUCUAGGAGGUACUAAAGACACAGGCUGCAAAAUGUCUGGAUUGAUCUACUUGGGGAAGCUUUUAAUUUAAAAAAAACAUACUGUACAAUGAAAGGGGAGUGGCCAGUUCUCCCAGCUCAGCUUUAAU